AUGUUCAUCGACACGGACGCCACUUUGCAAAAUGUUGGUCGCGCUCCGUUCUUCAAGAGUCUCCAAAGUAACAUUAGUGUUUCCCGGUUGCAGUUUUGGUCGACUUUACACAAUGAAUCAAGAAAGUACUCUACAUUUACAAAACCUCAUAAAACACGCGCCUUUAUAUGCACGGGCUUGCUUCACAACAACGUCAAUUUGGGUCGUUGCUUUAUCAUCAACCAGACCAAAUCCUCUGAUAUCCUUGCACAAAUUCGAUGCUACACCACGCCGACACCAGAUUCCGAGACAUUACAAAGUUCAGCGACCAUUGGUGACGACGCGCCAGAGUUAAUACAAUUGGCACCCACUACGUCUUUAUCCUUGUCUGAUCCACCGGAUUCCCAAAUCCUCGAAUCAACCGUUUCGGUGGCUGCUGAUCCCAUUACAGCGGACGUUAUCGCCGAUGCUGCUUUGAAAAUUGGUGACUUGAAGGCAAUGGGACUCGUUCAUUCAACGCCCGUUGGUUUGGUGGAAUCUUUGGUCGAAGCUAUUCAUGUUUAUUCUGGUUUACCCUGGUGGAGUACUAUCGUGGCGCUGAGCGUAAUUGUCAGAGUCGCUUUGCUACCGCUGAAUAUAGCUUCCGCGCGAAACGUCGCCAAGAUGGCCAUAAUACAACCGAAGAUUCAAGCGCUGAUGGAGCAAGUAAACGAAGCAAAGAAGCAGGGUGACCAAGCAACUAUGUUAACAAAAUCGCAGGAAACGGCAGAAAUUUUCAGAAAAGCUGGUGUUAAUCCAUUCAAGAACUUUUUUAUUGCCGCAGUUCAGGCGCCGAUAAUGAUUAGUAUAUUUCUUGCCAUAAGAGAUAUGGCUAGAUUCCCUGUACCGGGAUUUAAGACAGGUGGCGUUCUUUGGAUUCAAGAUUUAACUCUUCCAGAUCCGUACUAUAUCUUACCGAUUGCGACUGCUGUUGGGUUCCUGGCUGUUUUGGAAACCGCCGAAACAAAUGCAGCGCCGUCAGGACAGGCGCAAAAACUCAAGAAUACGUUUCGUUUCGUAGCACUGCUUGGGAUACCUUUUGCUUCGUACUUACCUGCAGGAUGUCUUGUAUUCUUCUCAACGAAUUCCGCUUUAUCCAUAACGCAGACAUUUCUGCUGAGGAACAAGGCUUUUAAGCGUGCGCUUGAUAUUCCAGAAGUUCCCAAGUAUGUCGUGUCUCCAAAACCGUCACCAACACCACAGAAAUCAUUCCGUGAACAGUUUCAAUCAUUGUACGGUGACAGUCAAAAUUUGCAGAGAAGGCAACGAAAAAGAAUUUAA